UAUAUUUCAUGCGCCUGAAGUUUCAUAUUGUGCGCGCAAAAUAAGUAGAGCUGUCUGGAGUUGAAUGAAUAUUGAGCAUUUUGGGGCAUAGCUACGAUGUUUAGCCCUCGUCCCACCCCUAGUUCAGGCCGAAGGCAGUCCUCAAGGGUCACCGGUAGAAAGAGUCUUGCCGGUACACCUACAGGGCUUCUCUUUUCCCCACGUAGGACGUCGUUAGCAGCGAGAUCAACUCCCACGCGUGUGCAGAGCUACUCAACUUCAGAAGCACUCCACUUCGAUGUCCAGACGUUUGGCUCUUCUCUACCUGUCAAAGUCAUGGAGGCUUUGACAAUGGCUGAUGCCGAUGACCAGAUCUCUGUGAAGGUGGAUGAGAGUGGCUGGGCCUGGAUGGUGUGUGGAGAGAGACUGAUCAUCUGGAAGAUCUGUCAGACUGCUGUUGCAAAGUUGUCAGUAUGUAAGGGCCUCCAGCUGCCCACUAGUGAGUUUGCCUACUGUGCUGAUCUCAUCUCCAUAUCAUCUCCCAGCCCUCUGGAGACUGCCACUGUUCAGUCUAUCUCUGUCAUGGCGGUGGCUCCGGAGGGAACAGCCCGGUUCUGGCCCAGUUUGGCCCACGAGGGGAGUUACACUGAGACUGUGGUCGACAUGGGCGAAAACCUCUGCAACUUUGUUGUUGCUGUCAGGGGGGGUAGUUUCAUCGUGUCCUCCUAUAGGGGCCAGUUGUUGCGUCUCAGGGCGGACCCCUCCGGAAAGCUGCUGCAGAGGGCGCUACAGCAGGGUCAGGGGGUGCUUUCCGGCAUCGGACGCCGCGUCUCCAGCCUCUUUGGCAUGCUUGCCCCGCUCACCAACAACAAUCUCCACAGUGUUCUGUGGGUGGGAGAGACAGGCUGCCUGUAUACUCUGACCUCUUGUGGGCUCAGUAAAUGGGAGGUGGAUGAGGUCACAGAGCACCAGGUCCUCAGCUGGGACUCCAGCCGCGCUCUGAGGGAGAGUGUCGCCGACGCCAUCUGGGGGUCAGAGAGCAACUAUGAGGAAAUCAAGGAGGGAGUAAACGUUACCUACAUGGACAUGCAGCUCAGCCAGGAUGGCCUGGUAGUGUUGGCAGCAACCUGGCACCCUUCAGAUUCCCCCUGCCUGGCCUACUUCUGCCUGGUCACCCUGCUGGACAACGGCAACAACAUCUCUGAGGAGCUCUCUGUGGAGGUCACCAAGUACAACCCCCCCUUCCAGAGUGAGGAUGCCCUCCAGGCCAUGAGGCUGGUGUUACCACGGGCCUCCAGCCCUGCUGCCUUCCUGUACAACGAGGAGCUGGUGUUUGCCUGCUCCACCGGUACAGGCAGAGGAGGUCUACCUGAGGAGAAGAUCCCCUUCAACACACCUGGUGACCAUCUGCGUGGUGGGGGCUGCUGUGCCAACCUGCCAGUGUUCUUCUCCCAGAACAGUGGUCUGGUGGCCGUGGUGGCCAGGGAGAGUGCCUCCAUGCUGCCUGAGACCAUGGAGGACUCCCUCUACUCCUCCCUGGCUGGGGCCGGCCCUGAGGCAACUGCUAUGGAGACUCCGACUAGGAUGGAGCCUGUAGCACAAGAGGACAAAACCAAACUCCUAAAAGCAGCAUUCCUGCAGUUCUGCCGGAAUGAUCUGGUGGGGGCCCAGACCAUGACAGACGAGCUGUUCCCCCCGGAGGGGGACGGAGACGGGGAGGUGGGCGGGGAUCUGGACCUGGUGGUGACCCGGAUCAACCUGGACCUGGUGGACGACUACCCAGCCUCAGACCCCCGCUGGGCAGAGUCUGUCCCUGACGAGAAUGCUGGCUUCCCCCUGACCUCCCUCAUCAUCCUCCACCAGCUAGAGGACAAGAUGAAGGCCCACGGCUGCUUCAUGGACUUCCUGCUACAGGUGGGUCUCCUGGACCGGCUGGGCCAGACCGCAGUGCGCUCGUCUCCCAUGGCGACGCGCCUGUUGCUGUGCGAGCAUGCUGAGAAGCUACAGGCGGCCAUGACGCUGAAGAACCACCACACCAAACACAGCGAGCUGGUCAAUCGCGCCAUCCUCACUGCCUUGAGGAAGAGCGACGCAACCGUGUCCGCUAGCCUCACGGCUGCAGACGUCUUCUUCAGAGAGUUGUGUGUUGUAUUCCAGGAAAUGCUGCAGGCUGCUGGUCAGUACAGAGACACCAAGGCCUCACUGUACAGAGCCUCAGAGGCCGCCCCUGCUGAACCAGAAUACAUCCCAUGGACCGCCUCUAGCGGUCUGGGCGGGGUGCGCACCGUCAUCGCCCGCCAGCACGAGGUGAUCCUGCGCGACGUGUACCCUCACGCCGACUCGGAGCUGCGCAACGGCCUGAACGAGCAGCUGGCGGCGCUGCUGGACGUGCUCCUGGGAGGCUACGUGGCCCAGCUGACCUCACUGAGACCGGGCCGGCCGGGCCAGCAGGACCGCUACAACACCCUGGAGAUGGAGUACACACAGCGCCGCUCUGAGCUGCUCGCACCAUUGUUGGAGCUGGGUCAGUACCAGUGGGUGGCGGCGCUGGCAGAGAAGUACUGUGACUUUGACAUCCUGGUCCAGAUGUGUGAGUUGACUGACAACCAGAACAGACUGCAGCACUACAUGGCCAAGUUCGCCGACCAGAACUUUGCGGACUUCCUGUUCCGCUGGUACAUGGAGAAGGGGAAGCGGGGCAAGCUGCUCUCCCAGCCCGUCGCCCAGCACCAGCAGCUGGCCAGCUUCCUGCAGUCCCAUGAACACCUCAGCUGGCUGCACCACAUCCACGUCCAUGAUUUCAGCAGCGCCCACAAAACCCUGUACGACCAGGCCAACAUGGAGACACGUUACUUUGUGAAGAAGAAGACCCUGUUGGCUCUCAGUAAACUGACUGCCCUGGCAUCAGACAUGCCUGAGGCUGUGUUGAAGAAACGAGUAGAUGACAUGGUAGAGCAGGAGCGGUUCCUGCUGCACCAGGAGACUCUGCCCAAACAGCUGCUGGAGGAGAAACAGCAGAGCCCAGACACCAUGCCCCUGCUCAGCGCUCACAACCUUAUUCAUCUGUAUAUUUGUGAUGACAACAGACGAGCCAAUGAGUAUGACUUCAAGAAGGCUCUUGAUCUACUGGAGUACAUAGACGAGGAGGACGCGGUGGACAUUGCGGGACUCAAGUGUGAGAUCUUCUGUAAGGCCCUCAAGAAAGAUGACUGGUCGUCUGCUGAUGGGAAUGAUGACCCUCUGGAAGCAGCCAAGGACAGCAUCUUUGUCAAGAUCCUCCUCAAGCUCAUACAAGAAGGCGUUCCUCUACAGACCUACCUUCCUGACGUCAAAGAUCUUCUUCAGGUGGACGAGAUGGAGGCUUUGAAAUCAAAGCCCACUUUUGAGUUUGUCCUGCGGGCCAACUAUGAACAUUAUCUGCAAGCACAGAUCUGAUGACCCCUGACCCCUUUCACAACUACAUCUCCCAGGUUGCACUUGGUUUGUUCCUUACUUUCAAUUUUUACUGUUUGUUUGUUUGACAAAAAGAUAAUGUGUUGCUCUUCUAAAUAAAUUUCAUAUUUCUGUAAA